UGUAAUAAAUAUAAGCAAGAAAAAAAUAAAAGAAUCCAGAGAAUAAUAGAGAAUCAAAAAAUAUUUGUUAGAAUCUCCUUAACUCGAAAUGUUAAUUAAAAUCUAAUAUUAUAGUCUCUUCAAUUAACGUUGUAGUAAUGGAGGAAAGAUGGACGCCUUGACGUUUGGCUCUCACAGGCUAGUUCACUUAGAUCUCAAGGGUGCCCCACCGCGAGUCUGUUAUUUUGAAAAGUUAUUUCCAUUAUUAAGGACAUGGGGUGCCACUGGACUUCUGCUAGAAUGGGAAGACACAUUCCCAUACAAUCGAGAGCUUUCUCAUAUAGGAAGCAAUGGAUUAAGCAGUUUAAUCAGUGGAUAUACAGUUCAAGAAGCCAGACAUAUCCUACAAAUUGCAGGAGAUUGUGGUUUAGCUGUUGUUCCUUUAGUACAAACAUUUGGUCAUAUGGAGUUUGUUUUAAAACAUGAUGAAUGGAGGUCUUUAAGAGAAGUGGAGCACUUUCCAAGCUCAAUUUGUCCAUCUAAUCCAAGAACAUUAUCUUUGGUAAAGUCCUUGAUUCGACAAAUAGUUAGUUUUCAUCCAGACAUACAAUAUUUGCACAUAGGUGCAGAUGAAGUCUGGCAUUUAGGUCUUUGCUCAGUUUGUAUAAAACGUGCUGCCUCUAGCAAAUAUGGGAAACCAUCUCUGUACCUGGAACAUGUUUUGGCUAUUGCACAAUAUGUACAAGAAACAUAUCCCUAUUUAAAGAUUAUUAUAUGGGAUGAUAUGUUAAGAUCAAUAGAUUUACAGGUUUUGAACGAUCAUUAUAUUGGAAAAUAUGUGGAACCUAUGAUCUGGCACUAUAAUCCUAGAGAUAAUUUUGCUCUACCUCAUGAUUUAUGGGAUAAAUAUACUGCAGUUUUUCCUCAUAUUUGGGCAGCUACUGCAUUUAAAGGUGCUACUGGAUCUUCUCAACAUGUACCAAUCAUAAGACAUCAUAUAAGUAAUCAUGAAAAAUGGUUAGAAGAAUUGAGUAUACAUGUAAAUAAAGUUCGUGAAUUUCGAGGAACAGUCUUUACAGGAUGGUCAAGAUAUGAUCAUUAUGCAACAUUAUGUGAAUUAUUACCUACCGCAAUACCAUCAUUGGCGUUAUGCUUGAAAGUCUGGCUUCAUGGUUAUUCUGAACAAAUUCAUAAUCAAGUGGCAAAAUGUUUAGGAUAUAUGGAUCAUCCUUUACAUAUAACACCACAACCUAGACCUGUACCAAUACCUAGUAACUUACUUUUUCCUGGAUGGCCAGUUGCAGUAGGAAUAGAAUGGUUUUUAAAUUUUAGAACUAAAUUUCAUAAUAUUGUUUCUAGUGAACAAAUAUCUACAUGGAUGAAUCCAUGGCAAGUCGCAAAUAAUUAUACAAAUCCUAUGCAAUUAGAAAAUUUAGUACCCGCUUUUACGGAAUUACUAUUAGAAUUAUCUUCCUUAGAAGGAUAUUUAAGAUUUCAGAUGGAAACUAUUUUCUUUCCAUCAAUGAUUGAUGAAUGGAUAGGUACAAAUAUUCAGCCCAUGAAAGGGAAACUUAUGGAAUUAAAACAAACUACAGAGAAUCAAAUUAAGUUAAAUAGUCGAGUUUAGUAUUUUAAAUAAGUAUUUUGCAGAAUUUCUGCUUUAGAUCUCAAUGACCAACUUGAAUACAGGUGACGAAUAUGAAACGAUAGGCUGAUGAACAAAGUACGAAAAUAUUUAGUAAAUUGUAAAAUUUUAUCUUAUAAGUAGAUGUAGCGAAGUAAAAAUAGAUAUUAAAAAGGUGAUAUCUGUAUGAUAUCACAGAAUAUAAUGUACAGAAUAUAAUUUUAUAAGAGAAGGAAUGGUUAUUUUAAUACUUGGCUUAGGGAGAAAUGAACUUGUGACAAUGAUUUUGUCACUGAGCUUUGUCAUUUUGUGAGCUGUUCUGUGAUAUUUGGCUAUGAAAGGAUUAUUGUAAUGUAAUUAAGCACUAUAACCAUAUUUUUUUGUGGUGGUUAUUGUGUUUACCACAUAUGCUUCUAAUUAUCUACGUUUCUUAUUAUAUUCAUAGUAUGUGCAAAUAUUUUUUGUACUCGAUUUAGAAAUAUGUCUAAAAAUUUUUCAAGAAUUAUAUUGAUCAGCUAUAAAAAGAUUUUAUGCAAUAUCUAAUAUAUUUCAUAGAAUCUUUUUUAUUACUAAAGUUCUAAACAAAUCUUGUUUUAGAGCAUAUAUCGAUCUAAUAUAUCUAUGAAGCAUAAUAUUAGAUUGAACAUAGAUGAAGU